CUGGCCCCGCGCCCACCUGCCCCGCAGGCGCGCAGCCCUCUCUCGCCUCCUGGCACGCUUCCUGGGUCGGAGGGACAUCUCCCGGGCACGCGGUGGCCCGAGAGCCUGCGGGUCCCUGGACACGCCGGGGCUCCGAGCGGACGCCCACUAUGCGCGCUGGGACGGCGCCGAGGCCGCCGGCGCUGCUGCUUCUGCUCCAGCUGGUGCUCCUGGUGGCCGCGCCCACUGCCGGCAAGGGCUGUGUCUGUAAAGACAAAGGCCAGUGCUUCUGUGAUGGGGCCAAAGGGGAGAAGGGGGAGAAAGGCUUUCCAGGACCCCCUGGGCCUCCUGGCCAGAAAGGAUACCCAGGUCCAGAAGGCCUGCCUGGACCACAGGGACCCAAGGGCUCUCCAGGACUUCCAGGACUCACUGGUCCCAAAGGCGUGAGGGGAACAACUGGGUUACCAGGAUUUUCAGGUCCUCCUGGACUUCCAGGCAUCCCAGGCCAUCCUGGACCGUAUGGACCUGUCGGUUUGCCAGGAUGCAAUGGUUCUAAGGGUGAGCAAGGGUUUCCAGGACUUCGGGGGACACCAGGCUACCCAGGCAUCCCAGGUGCCGUUGGUUUGAAAGGAGAGAAAGGGGCUCCCGCUGAAGGAGAAGGUGUAGCCCUUGAUGGAAAAGGUGACCCUGGGUUGCCAGGAGCUCCAGGAUUCCAGGGUUUGCCGGGCCUUCCAGGUUUUCCUGGACCUAUUGGUCCACCUGGCCCUCCAGGAUUCCUUGGCUUUCCAGGAGCCAUGGGACCUCCAGGACCUAAGGGUCACAUGGGUGAUAAAGUGAUAGGACAAAAAGGAGAGCGGGGUAUGAAAGGAUUAACAGGACCGCCCGGACCACCAGGAACAGUUAUCGUGACACUAACCGGCCUGGUUAACAGAACGGACCUCAAGGGGGAGAAGGGAGACCAGGGAGCCGUGGGCCAGUCUGGACGCCCUGGACCCUCAGGGCCACCUGGGGAAUCUUACAGAUCAGAAAAAGGUGCUCCUGGAGAACCAGGCCUGCAGGGAAAGCCUGGAAAAGAUGGUGCCCCCGGUUUCCCUGGCACUGAGGGAGCCAAAGGCAGCAAGGGUUUCCCUGGGUUAAGGGGUGAAGAUGGCAUUAAGGGGUGGAAAGGAGACAUGGGCCCUCCAGGAUUUCGUGGUCCAACAGAAUAUUAUGAUGCAUACCAGGAAAAGGGAGAUGAAGGAAUUCCAGGCCCACCAGGGCCCAAGGGAGCUCCUGGCCCACAGGGUCCCAGUGGUCCCCCCGGAGCCCCUGGAAGUCCUGGGUCAACAAGGCCUGGCCUCCAAGGAGCCCCUGGAGUACCAGGAGUAAAAGGAAGUAAAGGGGAGCGAGGACCCCCAGGAAAGAACGCAGCGGGGCUUCCCGGGUCGCCUGGCUAUCCUGGUUCACCAGGCCCUACAGGGUUGCCAGGACCUCCAGGACCACCAGGUGGUAUUGUUUUUCGCAGAGGUCCACCUGGAGACGGUGGACUUCCAGGCCAUACAGGGUCUCCAGGAAUCCCAGGAGUCGAUGGGCCCAAAGGGGAGCCGGGCCUUUUGUGCACACAGUGUCCUUGUGUCCCGGGGCCUCCAGGCCCCCCAGGAUUGCCGGGGUUAGAUGGCGUAAAAGGAUUCCCAGGAAGACAAGGGGCAGCUGGCAUUAAAGGAAUCCCAGGGUCCCCAGGAAGCGCUGGUCUUCCAGGAUUUCCAGGAUUCCCGGGUGCUCAGGGUCACCCAGGAUUUAAAGGAGAAAAAGGCGAAGCAUCUCAGCCAGAGAGACAAGUGGGUGCCCCAGGGGAUCCAGGGCUCCGAGGACAUCCUGGAAGAAAGGGCUUGGAUGGAAUUCCUGGAACUCCGGGAGUAAAAGGAUUACCAGGACCUAAGGGAGAACCGGCCCUGAGUGGGGAGAAGGGGGACCAGGGUCUUCCAGGGGAUCCUGGCAUCCCUGGGUCCCCAGGACCUGCAGGACCGGCUGGACCAUCCGACUAUGGACCUUGGGGAGAGCCUGGUCCAAAGGGCACCCAAGGACUUCCUGGAGCCCCUGGACCACCUGGAGAAGCCGGUCCUAAGGGAGAAAUCGGUGUUUUGACACCAGUUCCAGGACCCCCAGGACCUCCUGGGCCCCCAGGCCGUGCUGGCCCCCAAGGUCCACCUGGUAUCCCUGGAUCCACAGGAAAAUGUGAUCUGGGUCUUCCUGGGCCUGAUGGUGAACCAGGAAUUCCAGGAAUCGGAUUCCCUGGGCCUCCUGGACCUAAGGGAGACCAAGGUUUUCCAGGCACAAAAGGAUCACCAGGCUGUCCUGGAGAAAUGGGAAAGCCAGGGUUACCUGGAAAGCCAGGCCUCCCAGGAGUCAAGGGAGAACCAGGACUAGCCAUGCCUGGAGAACCAGGAGCACCAGGUUUGCCAGGAGAAAGAGGCAACUCUGGGGAAAAUGGAGAAAUCGGACUCCCUGGACUUCCAGGUCUCCCUGGAAUUCCAGGAACUGGAGGGUUUGAUGGACCACGAGGGGAUCCAGGGCAGCCUGGACCACCGGGAGAAAGAGGCCCCCCAGGAAGGUGCAAAGAAAGUCUCAGUGGAGCUCAAGGACUUCCAGGCUUAAAUGGAUUGAAAGGGCAACCAGGCAGAAGAGGCGAAACGGGGCCAAAGGGAGACCCAGGUAUCCCAGGCUUGGAUAGGUCAGGAUUUCCUGGAGAACCUGGACCACCAGGAAUGCCGGGUCAUCGAGGGGAGAUGGGACCACCUGGUACGAAAGGAUAUCCAGGAAAUCCAGGAUUUUUAGGGCCACCAGGUGAAAAAGGAAUGAUUGGGAUGAUGGGGUUUCCCGGAAACGUUGGCCCUCCAGGGCCUCCUGGGAACCCAGGCACCCUGGGACAGAGGGGAAGCUUUGGAAUUCCAGGAGUAAAAGGCGAGAGAGGAUCCCCAGGUGCCAAAGGGGAACAAGGAGAUAAAGGAACUCCAGGGCCUCCUGGAAUAUUCCGCUUAGUCGGGGACAAAGGGGAACCAGGACUCAAAGGACUUGCAGGGAAGCCUGGUGAGAAAGGAAACAGAGGCAUUCCAGGGUUACCAGGUUUCAAAGGACUCCAAGGGCCACCUGGACCACCAGGAUCACCAGACCCCAGAGGAGAUCCAGGCAGCAUUGGGAAUCCUGGUGAGCCAGGACCACGUGGUGUGCCAGGAAGCAUGGGAAACAUGGGUGUGCCAGGUACUAAAGGAAUGAAGGGAACUAUGGGAUUCCCAGGUCUAGCUGGAAGACCAGGCCUCCCAGGUACUCAUGGUCUCCAAGGAGAUAAGGGAGAGCCAGGUUAUUCAGAAGGUACAAGGCCAGGACCACCAGGACCAAAGGGAGAUCCAGGAUUGCCAGGUGACAUGGGAAAAAAAGGUGAUACAGGGCCACCUGGCACACCUGGACGUUCGGGCCCUGCUGCACCAGAGGGAGUUCCUGGGAGUCCCGGAAGCCCUGGUCACCCAGGAAAGUCCAGUCCUGAUGGUGAUUUGGGGUCUAAAGGAAUCAAAGGUUUCCCUGGCUCUCCAGGAAUAAAAGGCCCUCCAGGCCCUCCAGGAUUCCCAGGAAAUCCUGGACCAGCGGGUGAGAGAGGUAAUCAAGGACGUGAUGGAAUUCCUGGUCCAGCUGGAGAAAAAGGAGAAACAGGUUUGGUGGGAGCACUUCCAGGCCCAAGAGGGAAACCUGGUCCUCAAGGAGCCAAAGGAGACAGGGGAGCACCAGGCUUGCCGGGCCUCCCUGGCAGGAAAGGGCCAGUGGGAGAUGCUGGGCCUCGAGGGCCCAUUGGCAUGACAGGACCUCAAGGGCAACCAGGCUUUCCUGGUUCAAUCAUCCCUGGCCAAAAAGGAGAUCGAGGUCCACCUGGCAGAAGAGGAAACCCAGGUGAACCUGGUCCCCCUGGACCUCAAGGGAGUCCCGUAGAAAGCAUAAAAGGAGAUAAGGGAUUUAUGGGCCAGCCUGGCCCAAGAGGUCUGCCUGGAACUGUAGGAGACAUGGGGCCACCAGGUCAUCCGGGAGCACCAGGUGCCCCAGGUCUGCCAGGGGUCAGAGGUGAUCCUGGAUUCUAUGGAUUUCCAGGCAUGAAAGGGGAGAAGGGUAAUUCAGGACUUCUGGGACCAAGUGGACCUCCAGGGCGAAUUGGGCCAAAAGGACCACCUGGUGUACGUGGAGACCCUGGCACAGUGAAGAUCAUCUCCCUUCCAGGAAGCCCAGGCCCACCUGGCCCAGCUGGAGAACCAGGGAUGCAAGGAGAACCUGGGCCCCCGGGGCUACCGGGAAACUCAGGACCCUGUGGGCCAAGAGGUAAACCAGGCAAGGAUGGACUACCAGGAACCCCUGGACCAAUUGGAGAAAAAGGCAACAAAGGUUGUAAAGGAGAGCAAGGAACGCCUGGAUCCAAUGGCCUGCCAGGCUUGAAGGGGAGACCUGGAGACACUGGACCACCUGCAAGGGGGACGACGAUGAUGGGCUUUGUCUUCACCCGGCACAGCCAGACCACGGCGGUUCCCUCCUGUCCAGAAGGGACAGAGCCACUCUAUAGUGGGUUUUCUCUUCUCUUUGUACAAGGAAAUGAACAAUCCCAUGGACAGGACCUGGGCACUCUUGGCAGCUGCCUGCAGAGAUUUACUACAAUGCCAUUCUUAUUCUGCAAUAUCAAUGAUGUAUGUAAUUUCGCAUCUCGAAACGAUUAUUCAUACUGGCUGUCAACACCAGCUCUGAUGCCAGUGGACAUGGCUCCAAUUACUGGCCGGGCCCUGGAGCCUUAUAUUAGCAGAUGCACGGUCUGUGAAGGUCCUGCAAUUGCCAUAGCUGUUCACAGCCAAACUACUGAUAUCCCCUCAUGUCCUCCUGGCUGGAUUUCUCUCUGGAAAGGAUUUUCUUUCAUCAUGUUCACAAGUGCAGGUUCAGAGGGCGCUGGGCAGGCACUGGCAUCCCCUGGCUCCUGCUUAGAAGAAUUCCGAGCCAGUCCAUUUAUAGAAUGUCAUGGAAGAGGAACAUGCAACUACUAUUCAAAUUCCUACAGUUUCUGGUUGGCUUCAUUAGACCCCAAAAGAAUGUUCAGAAAACCUAUUCCAUCAACUGUGAAAGCUGGGGAGUUAGAAAAGAUAAUAAGUCGCUGUCAGGUGUGCAUGAAGAGGAGACAUUGAAGAAAUAAAGAAAAAAUAGAA